UGGGCAACUCCGGCAGUUAUCAGCUGUGCCGGCAAAACAAAAACACAUCUGCUCGAAGUUUCUUGAAUAUUCCACGGGAUUGGAAUUAAGCGAAGAUCCGAUGAGCCACCACGACCAUGGAAGACAGGAACGAAGAGAUUGAGCCAUGUAGGAGCAUCGGGCCGCACGAAUUGGAAGCGGUGAAGAGCCAGGCGGUGAUUAAGUUGUCGCCUGUCCAGCUGCCCGCCCACUUCAAGCGGCUGGAAUGCAAUACCAACCUUAAUCUGCCGCCCCUCAACUGGCUGACCACUUCGCACAGCAGCCACGGAUUGCACCAGGCCCUGUACCAGAGCGCCGGAUUCGCCAGUUUCCGGCUGGGCCAGAUGUUCCCCGACUGCGUGGGCGAGGUGGAUGUGGUCAGUGAUGCGGAGAACAUCAAGCAGCUGCUCAAGCUGCCGUAUAGCGCCCAGAGCGCCAUCAGCAUGGUGGUGCACAAGGUGGGGAACACGCUGCUCCUGGACGAGUUUGACAUACAGAAGUAUCUGCUGCGCAAGGCGGACGACGAUUGGAAGUGGCUGCGCACGUUCAUCCUGGAGCACAUUCUGACCUACGGCGACACCCAGCACAACUACUGCCUGAAGGAGCGUUCCCGCGAGGCAUUGCAAACCAAGAAUCUGCUGUCCAAGUUCCUCUAUCACAGUCUUAAGCAGACUGGCGAUGAAGUGGACUACGACGUGGCCACCACGCCCACUCAGUUGACCAGCAGACGGCAGGGAUUGCCCAUCACGGGGCCCGUUCUGCCCGAGCCCAAGAUAGAGGAGAAUGUUCCGGACCCGAAGUCCAGUCAUGCCUUCAAUAGGAACGUGGUCUGGACCUUCGAGGACAUACGCAUGCUCAUCGGCACCGACAUGCCCAUUUUUGGAGGACCCAACAGGCCGUGCAUCAGUCUGCGUUUGAGGGACGCCGCCCAGCCCAUAAACGUGCUGACCGGAAUCGAUUACUGGUUGGACAAUCUAAUGUGCAAUGUGCCCGAGGUGGUGAUGUGCUACCAUUUGGACGGCAUUGUGCAGAAGUACGAGAUCAUCAAGACUGAGGACCUGCCGUAUCUGGAAAACUCGCAGUUCUCGCCACAGGUCGUGCGCAACGUGGCCCAAAACAUUCUGGCCUUUCUCAAGGCCAAUGCCACCAAGGCGGGACACACCUACUGGCUGUUCAAGGGGCGCAACGACGACGUGGUUAAGCUGUACGAUCUUACCACUUUAUGCCAGAGCCAGGAGGCCAAGAAGUCGGAGGGUGAUCCGCCCCAGCAACAAAUGAAUCCCUUCACCGUUCCGGUGGGCAUGCUGCUGUACUCGGUGGCUCGCAACAUGAAGAACACACUGCCGCACAUUAGUCCCAAGGCAGCGGGCAACAUACGUGCCCUGCUGGACAACUGCAUCAAGCUGCUGCCCAAGGAGCAGUACCCGCAGAUCGUGAGCUCCUCGCACUACAUACUUUCGGAUUUGCAUGUGCCGGCGGGCAUUGAUCCCAAGGCGCCCAAGUUCGAGGAAGUGGAUUCCGACGAUCAGUCUCUCUACGACGACGAUGAGGAGGAGGACGAAGAGGACUAUGAAGACGAGCUCCUGGACUGUAACUUCUCAAGCGAGAAGAGCUACCAAAGCAGCGAGCAGGGUGGCGGCAGGGCCAACGUGGCUGUGCGACAUAUUUGCGAUGCGUUGAGAGACUUUAAGUCGCAUGCCAAGAAGUCAAAGCCGGCUCCACUCUUGGCCACAACUGCCGAGCGGUGCAACAUCUCACUGGAGCACAUCAGUGCCGGACUCUCCUGCCUGCAGUACUUCAACGGGAGUCAGGAGGAGAAGCUCAAGGAGUCGGAGACAAAUGCCAAGCAGGAGGAGAAGCGACGCAUUCUGCACGAGGAGCAGAAUCCCAAUAUGGCCAAGCCUUUCAGUGCCAUUCCUCUGCCCUAUGAGCAGCUUAAACUCAGCCAGCAGCCGGCGCAGCAGCCGGUUGUGAAGAAACAAACGUCCAAGGCCAAAAGAAGUAAGUCCAAAGAGCUGGCCACAACGGCAAGGUCCAAUAACGUCAGUGCCAGCAAUCGCCAGAUGAGUGCCAAGUUUAAUGCCCAGCACUUUGGCUCCUGGAAUGUGCACUUGAAGCUGCUGCUCUUGGAGAAGGCCUGUUUGACAUUUGCAACGCUGGCGGAGCACUACUACGAAUCCCGUAGCUACGGCUCCACGCUGCGCUCCAUUGAGCUUGCAUGCCGCUGCCAACAGGUACUCAACAAGUACAUGGCCAAUGUGGUCUCCCAGUACAGUUGUUUGCUGGGUCGAGCAGGCGAUUGCUUCUUCCAAAUGUCCAAACACUGGGCGUCCAUCGAGGAGUAUGUGCAGCAGUACGAGGAACAAGAUGCAUCCAUGGGCGUCAUUGGCGACGAGUUGGCCCAGGAGCUGGAAGGAGAGGAGGCGGAUUGGCCCUCCCUGGCGCCGGCCAACAAUGUGGAGCAGGUGAUGCUGCACAGCUGCAAGUGCUACGAGCAAGCUUUGGAGCAUGCCCACAAAACGGAGAGCAAUGAACUGCUGCGGCGACUGGGAAAUGUGCGGAAUGAGCUGGGUCUCAAGUACAUGUACUGGGCUCAAGAGGAGUACAGUGAGCUGAUGAAGAAGAAAGAGUCGAACAAAGCCACUGAGUAUGACCAUGCAGCAAGUGCCGAUCCUGCCGAGCCGCUGUAUGUCAAACUGACUGUCAAUUCUUAUGAUUGCCUGCGUCGCGGCAUCGAAGCUUUCAAUGCCGUCGAGGAUAAUGUCAACCUGGCCUUUCUCUAUUGUAACAUGGGUCGUUUCAUGCGCCUGCGCGCCCAUCUCACAAUGCCCAAUGAAAGUGCCAUCACCUUAGACAGCCAAAAAGCCUUUUACAGCGAGGCAUUCAACUACUACGAGAAGGCCAAAGAUUGUCUCGAUACUCGUAAGGCGAAUGCCGAGCUCUGGGACCUUGUCCACUGGGAACUAUCCACUGCCACAUUUACGUUAGCCAAACAACUUCAAGACUACAGUGCAGCGGACAAAUCAAGUCUGGUUGAUGCCUCCAAAGAGGUGCUGGAAUUGCUGCAGAAAUCGUUGCGACUGUGCGAUGUAGAGCACGCUGGAGCUCGCCAAGUUCUGUACAGCUUUCGAUCGGGACUGAUACACAAAAGGAUUGCCUCAUUCCACUACUCGCAGCUGCGUUCUCAUGGUUGUUGUGAUUUUGCUCAGCUACCCAAGUCUACUCUGCAACUUUGCAAAUACCACUACGAAAAGGCCACGCAAAUACUGGAGGCUCUCAAGGAGGUGGGUGACCUGUUGGUAGUGCAGCUGGAGAGGAUCUCCCUCCACGAGUUUCUGGCCGAACUUUCCAACCACAACGCCCAGAAGAUCAAGCAAAUGCAAGCGGCUUUGGAUAUUUGUUUACAGUGCCAGCUCGUGUUUGCCCACGUCAUCGAUGCUAACAGUGGCCAAGUGACCGACGACGAGUUUGCCGGCCAUUUGACGCUCUUCGAGAGCCGCUUGCAGAACGCACUGAAGACGCUCACUAAGCUCACGCUGACCGGCAAGGAUCCCAAGCAGCUGUCCAAGCUGUACAAGCGCAUGUAUAUGGAAACCUUGACUGGGAAACAUGGCCCAGGGGCCCAGCAAUCGGCGACAGCUUGCCUAAAGCAUUUGCACAUGCUGCUCGCCCGGCUGCGGGCCAUGUGCGAUACCCAACUGGCCCGCGACUAGACGUACGUGUCUUCUGAUCGGUUUCAGCCCCCCAGAACCCACCACAACCGUUCGAAUUGUAUGCAUUGCUCGUCGCUUGUUUAUUGAUGUCUCAUCUCAACCCCGCCGCCCGCAGCCGCAUUCAUCGCUGUCCAAGUGGUCGGCUCCCAUCUGCAAAGCAGCCAGCAUCAGCAGCACAGCCAACUGUAGGAUCUGCAGAUCGAAAUAACCAUGAGUGGCGGACCAUUAGCGAUGAACAAUCAGCCCCAAUCUCACCUUGCAGCGCAGACUACUCAUUUUGUAAGCGUUUGGAGCCAGUUUUCUGAGCUGGUCAUCGGCAGCUCGGCUCUUAUAAGGUCUGAGUGCCCUGGCCCAGACGUGUCGUUUAUCUAGAUUAGCCCCAGUUAAAUAUCUUGUUCAACAAGACAUCUGAUGGAUGCUCGGGUCCGUCAAUCUCAGCUCGAGGUUUUAGCCCAUUUUCACUUGCGUUACAAAGCGAAUGCUGUUACAAUUACUAUUAUUUAUCGUGUCUUUGGCUUUAGUAACAGUUUCCAGACUUACAAUAAUACGUUUACUUAAUUCCUAAGAGCAAGGUAACUAGCUAAAACGCAAAAGACCAAUAAAGAAAUCUUAAAAGAGAAAA